GAUAUUUUAGCUGUAUGAUACCUAGUCGCUUUGCCGUCUUGAACUCGCGCCUACUCUCGCCCACUGAGGCACUGAAUAAUGUUCUAGUUCAAACAUUAUCGCUGAGAGAGACGAACAAGAUGAAUGCAACAGUAAACGGUAAAAGACUGCAGGAUCUUCCACCAAAAGGAGGUUAUGGUCCCAUACAAACAGAAAGGGUAAAAUUACGCAGUAUUUUCGGCGUUAAAAGCACAAUCGCGCUAUUUCUAGCCACCACAAUUAGCGGAAUGUAUGCCUACUAUCUGAAUUUUAAACUAAUUAGGCGUCACGAGAUUGAGAUGAGGAGUGCACGUUGGGCUAUAUUUCCAGCAUUGCUAGCAGAACGAGAUAGAGCUGUCUUGAAACAAAUGAGACGUAGUCGCAAUAUCGAGGCAGAAUUGAUGAAGAAUGUCGAAGGAUGGGAAGUGGGAACAUACUAUGGAGAACCAAUAUUCUAUCUGGAUGAUCCAAAUCAAUUUAGAGAUCCAACUUUCUUAGAACAUUUUGCGCAUUCUGAUCCAAAAGUGUACAGAGAACGAGCCGAGCGCCAUUUAUUUACGUAAGAGUACACUUGGUAUUCAGAUUCUGAUCAGCUAUGUAUCUGGUAAUGCGACAAAAUAGGAAAAUAGGGUGUUAAUAACGAGUGUAAUUAUUGUGUCAUAAUUAUGAAUAACAUUUUGGAACUAUAGGUUACAAUAAAG